GGCCGGCCCGAAAAUGUCCGCCUGAGGGAGCCCCGCCAGCCUGCCCGCCCGCCCGCCGCGCGUCUCCCGAGCAGGCCCAGCCGAGGAGGGGCGCGCGAGGCCGGCGAGGGCCGGGCCCGGGAGGCGGAGGUGCCGCCGCCCCUUCCCUCCCUCCCUCCCUCCCUGCGACGCCGCCGCCGCCUCCCUCUCCCUCUCCUCACAGCCCGGCCUCGGCAGCGGCGGCGACCGGGGCCGCCCCGCGCCCGCCAUGAACCCGCAGCAGCAGCGGAUGGCCGCCAUCGGGACCGACAAGGAGCUGAGCGACCUGCUGGACUUCAGCGCGAUGUUUUCUCCGCCUGUUAACAGCGGGAAAACCCGGCCGACCACGCUGGGAAGCAGCCAGUUCAGCGGAUCGGGUAUGGAAGAACGGGCAAGUGCUGCGUCUUGGGGAACGAGUGGUCAGUCCAGUCCAUCCUAUGAACCUGCAAGGGAAAACGGCAGUCUCCUUGGAAAAAGCUCAGAUCUCUCAACAGCCCUUGAAAAGCUGAAACACGAGGAGGGUUUUACAGACAGCUCUCCUUAUGGCGAUCACUUGAAUGAUAAUCGAUUAGGGCCCAGUGAAGGACUGUCCCCGACCCCUUUCACGAACUCCAGUCUGAUGGGGAAAACAACAGAAAGAAGUCCAUUUCCAUUGUUUGGUCGAGAGCCAGGACUGUCAGGCUGUCAGUCUAGUCUGCUUCGACCAGAUAUAGGGCUUGGAAGCCCAAGUCAGAUUUCGUCCUCAGGAAAAACUGGAACACCCUAUUACCCAUUUUCGACCACAAACCCAAGGCGAAGACCUCUUCAUGAGUCGUCUUCUCUUGAUUCUCUGCAGACAAAGAAAGUAAGAAAGGUGCCCCCUGGUUUGCCUUCUUCUGUUUAUGCGCCAUCUCCUAAUUCUGAUGACUUCAACAGAGAAUCGCCAAGCUACCCGUCUCCUAAGCCACCCAGCAGUAUGUUCGCUAGCACUUUCUUUUUGCAAGAUGGGACCCAUAGUGCUUCUGAUCUUUGGAGCCCUUCUAAUGGAAUGAGCCAGCCCGGCUAUGGUGGCAUGCUGGGAAGUUCCUCAUCUCACGUGUCGCAGUCUGGCAGUUACGGCAGUCUACAUGCACAGGAUCGCUUGAGCUAUCCCCCGCAUUCAGUCUCACCAACAGGUGUCAACACCAGUCUUCCUCCAAUGUCUAGCUUCCACCGGGGCAGUACUAGCAAUUCAUCGUAUGUUGCUGCCUCACACACUCCACCUGUCAAUGGAUCAGAUACAAGCAGCAUACUGGGGAACAGAGGCAACGCUGCUGGAAGCUCGCAGACUGGGGAUGCCCUGGGGAAAGCCUUGGCAUCCGUGAGUAAUUUCAUCCGAAGCCACCAAGGACAUGACCGCAGGCUCCGUAGAAGUCCUUUGAUUUAUUCACCUGAUCAUACCAGCAGCAGUUUCACAUCGAAUCCUUCAACACCUGUUGGAUCACCGUCACCUCUCAGCGGUGCAAGCCAGUGGUCGAGGGCUGGAGGCCAAGCCCCCGCAUCCCCGAGCUAUGAACAUUCUCUGCACUCCUUGAAAAACCGGGUUGAGCAACAGCUUCACGAGCAUUUGCAAGAUGCUAUGUCAUUCUUAAAGGAUGUCUGUGAGCAGUCCCGGAUGGAGGACCGCUUGGACAGACUGGAUGAUGCCAUCCACGUGCUGCGAAACCACGCAGUGGGCCCUUCCACCAGCCUGGCCGCUGCCCAUGGAGAUCUACAUAGUUUACUGAGCCCAUCCCACAACGGGCCCGUCGGUAGCCUGAGCUCAACUUACGGAGCACCCAGCCUGGUGGCAACCAGCCGGCAGACAUCGCUGGGUGCCGCUCACCGGGAAGACAGCGUCAGCCUUGGUAGCAGCCACUCUGCCCUGCCCAGCACAGUUCCUGCUCCAAACACAGAACUCAGCCAUAAAGCACAAGAAAGCUACCGAGCACUGUCAGCAGGGCUGCCCAGCCAGUCUGUGGCAUUGGGUCCAGCCGAAAUUAAGUCGGAGCACAAGGAAAAGGAUGAAAAUACGCACGACCCAGCCUCCUCCGACGACAUGAAAUCCGAUGACGAGUCCUCCCAGAAAGACAUCAAGAUUUCCUCCAGAGGCAGAACAAGCAGCACCAAUGAAGAUGAGGACUUGAAUCCGGAGCAGAAGCUGGAGCGGGAGCGAGAGCGGAGGAUGGCAAACAACGCCCGCGAGCGCUUGCGGGUCCGGGACAUCAACGAAGCCUUCAAGGAGCUGGGCCGGAUGUGCCAGCUGCACCUGAAGAGCGAAAAGCCGCAGACCAAGCUGCUCAUUCUCCACCAGGCGGUGGCUGUCAUCCUCAGCCUCGAGCAGCAAGUCAGGGAGAGAAACCUAAACCCCAAAGCAGCCUGCCUUAAAAGAAGGGAAGAGGAAAAAGUUUCUGCCGUAUCGGCAGAGCCUCCAUCCACACAUCCAGGAAGCCACUCUGGGCUUAGUGAAACUACCAACCCUAUGGGUCAUAUGUGAGCACCAGCCAGAAUUCUGGGAUUGGGGGGAGGAAACCUGAAAGGUGACCUUUCCUUCAUAAGGACACAGACUAAAAAUAGCACUAAAGGGAGUCAUAUCCGGCAGGAGAAGCAAGGAAGCCCCAUGCAGACCCCUGAUCAACGCGACUGAAGGGGCGAUGCCAGCCCUCCUCCCCUCCCCUUCGUUGGGCUGCAAGCGGCACGCUGCUCCAGCACAAUCAGAGACUCUUCUCUCCACGGGCUGUGGAAGUUGCCUUGUGCCUAAAUCGAAUUGACAAAUGCAUUGUAACUACAAAUUUUAUUUAUUUGUAAUGGAAUUGUAAAGGUCUACAUAUGAAGGGGAAAGUUAACCUGUUGAAAGCUGACAGAAUUUCUCUUGAUGCCGGCAUUCAGGAAAGCCGUGUUGUGUGCAAGAGCAAAGCCGGGGAAAACAGCCACUGCUGCCCUGGAGCAUUCCAAGCAAAGGGAUUCGUGUCUUAAAGGCGGGAACUGUAGAAUCAUUGGGUCGGAUGGGACCUCCAGGGCCAUCUAGUCCACCCCCCUGCACAAUUCACAACUACCUCCCCCCCCCCACACACACACACACACCAGCUCCUUGCUCUCGCCUCCUCCCGAGGUCUUCGUGGUCACUGCAGGCCACUCCGGCAGCAGCACGGUGCAGGCUGGAAAGGUUUUCCUGCCUCAAAACGUGUGCCAAUUUCUAAUGAAAGCCCUUUGGGGGCUCAUAGAAAGACUUGUGGGAACCGACAGCAGGACAAGGAGAACUUGCUUACUUAGAAUUGCUUCGUUUUCUGAGCAUCGAGUACAUAUGUCGGCUGUAUGUUAAGCACAAAAUGUGUGAGAAUGCAAAGACGACUUUUCUUGUUGCCCUGUUGCAACCUCUAGUGAAUAGUCUGACCCAAAGACCACCACGACGGGUAGUGGGCUGAACUCCACACCAGUAGGAUACAAGAGUAACUGUCACCAGUCUGUCCUUGUUGCUUGUCUCUUUAUUUUGUCCUUUUCAUCUGGUUGCCAAGGGAGGGGGAGGCUCUCGCGUGGGAUGACUCUCCCACCCCUUGGCCCCAAAAGAGUGGGUGCAUCCAGCACUGGUGUGAAUCCCCCAGAAAUGUCCCCACAUGUGCCUCGGUUGCUCAUGCGACUAUCCCAGCUCCUUCGAACUUCUAUAGAAACCGUCUUCCACCAUCACACCCCAGAGGAGGGGGAGGGAGGGGGAGCCAUCCAUGGCAGGGCAGUCCUCCCAAUUCUUGGGCUGGUCUCUCUUCAUGGUGGCAGUCCGAUCUGCUGAUCAUGUGAAAGAUCAACAUGUUGCUCCACAAGGCUUCUGAGUUUGUGAUCAUGUUUCAGAUGGUUCCUAACACGUCACUAGUUUGUGUCAUGACCAGCUGGACUUCAGUUCGCAUCAGUUCUCUCCAGAAGCAUCCAACAUGACGAACAUCCGUGGCCUUGUUCUUUGUUUCAGUGUUUCUUGGCUCAAUGAACUUGUGCUUAUGAUGACGAGUGAAAGCAGUCCCAUGCCGCUGCCUGGCCUUCCUUCCUUCCAAGCUUGUUAUCUCUUGGCUAUAUUAGACUUUUCCAGUAUGCUCAGCUUUCCUUCAUAAGAGAGAGAGAGAGAGAGAGAGAGAAUAAAUCAUUUGGCUUAUUUUUCACUGUAGCUAGUCUUUUAUACAAUAAUCUUGUAAGAAAGUUUCUUGAAUUCUAAAUAUUACUCUUUCUAGAUUUUUGAAAUUGAAAAAGGUUUUCAGUAAAAAUUUUCUUACUUUAUUUUACUAUAUUAGGUAGUAAAAAUGUAGGGUUCUAUACCAUAACCUGUUCAUUAAUAUCAGAAAUUUACAAUCGCAUUGUAAGAGCAGAGUAGGAUUCUAGCAUACUGUUGUAGUACCUAUGGAGUGUUGUAAGAGCUACUUGUGCGAGAUGAAUGGCUUCUCAUCUUGUUCUCCAGUUUUCAUUGUUGGUUUAUUGCAAAUUUGUACCGUGUCAAAUUUCAAGUUAUUACUGAUAAACUUUUUCAACCAGCAGCAAGAAGUUCAUCAACCUUUUUCUGUCAGUGUAACAGAAAACACUAUGUAUAUAACAUUUAUGUAGCAAUAAAUGUGCCAUCUUUUUUAAAA